GCACAUAUACAUACAUUUUUUUCCAUUCAUUCAAUAAUGAUUGGAUUUGUAUAUAUGAAUAUAUUGAAAAUAACCAUCAAAUGUAGUCGUAUUUAUGUCUAUUCUGUUGUUUACUAAUUUAUUGUUCAUUUAUUCAUUUGUUGAUGAUUGAUCACAGUCACCAUAAUAAUCAUCAUUGACGUUGGCGAUAAAAUACAAUCACUUUCUGUUUUUUGUUGUUGCCGUUGGUUGUACCCAGAGACUCUGUGUCCAGUUUUUUCAUCAUUCAUUUCAUAUAUGAAUCAUAUAAUUGAUUUUGAUUUAAUCAUUAUUUUUAAGUGUUAAAGUUAUAAAAAAAAAUUCUACAAUCAUACUAAAUUUGCUUGUAAAUCACAAAAGAAUAAAUAAAAUGGGCAACAAAUCUUCGUUAAUGUUACAAGAUGAAGAGAUCAAUGCAAUCCAAAAUGAAACUGGCUUUAGUGCAUCACAAAUUGAACGAUUGUAUAGCCGUUUUACUAGCUUGGAUAAAGGUGAUAAUGGUACAUUAGGACGAGAAGAUUUUCUUCGUAUACCAGAAUUGGCUAUCAAUCCACUUGGUGAUCGUAUUGUACAGGCAUUUUUUUCUGAAACCGAUUCCUUUGAUGAUCGCAUUAAUUUUAGACAAUUCAUGCGUAUAUUGGCACGAUUCCGUCCAAUCAAGAAAAAUCGUGAAAUAAAACUAAAUUCGCGUGAAGAUAAACUUCGAUUUGCAUUCAAAAUGUAUGAUUUAGAUGGUGAUGAGAAAAUUUCUCGUGAUGAAUUGCUUGCAGUUUUGCAUAUGAUGGUCGGAUCCAACAUAUCGACUGAACAAUUGGCCAACAUUGCCGAUCGUACUAUAAUGGAAGCUGAUAAAGAUGGUGAUCAAUGUAUAACAUUUUCAGAAUUCUGUAAAACAUUAGAACGAACAGAUGUUGAAGAUUUGUGAUUUUGCAAUAAAUUUCAUUCAAUUAUGGAAAAAAUUAGACUUCCAAACGAUGAAUUUUUCGAAAUUGAUUUGACCAACAAUGAGAAUGUAACAGCAGAAGAUUUAAUCAAAAGAAUUUGCGAAAAUCAUUAUAAAAUUCAUAUUGACGAUGACGAUCACAAAGAUUAUAAUGUUCUAGCGAUUUGGAUCACCAAUAUUGAAACAGCUCCCAAUCAAUCAAAACUCCAGUUACCAUUGAAUCGAAAACAUCGUUUGAUUGAAAUGAAAGAAAAAUUUAAAGAACUUUUGAAAACUGAUGAAAUAAAAUCAUCAUUAGUGGAAUUCAGACUUGGACGUAAUGGAUAUUUGUCAAUCAAAGAUGAAGAAAAAAUUAACAACGCUAAAGUCCUUCAAAUUUUAUACUUAGAAGCUCGAGAUAAUGUUAAAAAAAAUAUUUACCCAUUGGAUAUCACUCGACGAGUUGAACUAUGUGAAAUCGAAUUAAGAGCAGAAUAUUAUCAUCAAAAAUCUGUUGAAUCAGUCCAUUCAAUUACAUCUAAUUUUGAAAAUGAUUUCUACAAGACUUUGAAGAUUCAGGCAAAAAACUUAUCUUAUCAAAAUUCAUUGCGUAAGACACAGAAUUAUUGGAAAAUGACUAAGAAUGCAAAGAAAGCAUGUAUGACUUUGGAAAAAUGUAUUGAAAAAAGUGAUGUAGUCGACAGUAUAAGCCGCGAUGCAGAAUGGUAUAUUGAAUAUUUACGAAAAUGUCGAGAAUCGAUUCCUUGUUAUGGCGGAUUUUUUUUCGAAGCACAAAUGGAACGAUCUAUUCUUGAAGCGCUUAUUCAUGCAAAUUUCUAUGAUAAGAAAAUUCUUAUUGGAAUAAAUGAAAAAGGUCUUCAUUUGAUUAACAUUGAAUGUCCGAAAAUCAUCUCAUCCAUACAAUUUUCGGAUCUUUCAUAUGGAAUAUUGAAACCCAAAAAGGAUCAUCAUCAAGGCCUAAUCAUCAAAACAAAAGAUGAUAAAGUACAGCAAAUUUUCACCCGUCAAGCAUCGUUCAUUGAAAAAACAUUAACACAGUUCAUUGAGGGGGCGGCAAAUUGAUUUUCCUCAAUUGGUUAUGAAAUUAUUGUCAUCUUUGAUAUUAAUGUCAAAUCGUUUUCCUUCGUUAGAACGAAUAUUAUUAUUAUCGUUUUUAUUUUUCAAAUUUUACAAUUGUUUACUGUUUUAUAUAUGAAAAUAAAAUCUUUUCAUAUUCCAUUUAAUUGAAUGGAAUACUAACAUA